UCAGCCGCUAACUUUGAGUGCCAACAGGAAGGAUUCUUCGCAGAUCCGAACGAUUGCAUCGCCUUCUACCGAUGCGUGCAGGAAGGAGACAGACUAACGCCGUACAAGUUUCGCUGUGGACCGGGCACGGUUUACUCCGAGGUUGAGAAUACCUGCGUCCAUCCGAGCAACUCCGAGCGUCCGGAAUGUGGUGGCGGCAAUAACGAACUCGACAGUAACGAUAGUUACGCUCCAUCGGAGCCAAUGACAGGUGAAUCGUCGAAUGCGCAGCAAGUAUCGGAAAAUCCACAAUCAGUCGGACCAUCCGAACCGGAACCGGAGGAGCCAGCAAAACCAUCAGAACAGGAACAACCACCAGAACCAGAACAAGAACCACAACAGCCUCCUGAGCCGGAGCCUUCCGAUAAUGAAAAUGAACUCAACUCAAACGGUGACGACAAUAACGAGGAAGACGGAGGAUAUCACUAUGAGAAACCAUCUUCUACCGGACCGGAACAAUCUUCGACAGCGGAUGACAGUUCACCUUGCAAAGAGGAGGGUUUCAUUGGAGAUCCUGUUGAUUGUCAGAUUUUCUAUCGGUGCGUAUCCAAUGGAAAAGGCGGAUUCACAACGUACUCAUUCCGUUGCGGUGACGGAACUGUAUGGGACGAUCGUAUAGAUGCUUGUAAUCAUGAUUACGCCGUUGAACGAUGCACGAAAAGAGCGGAAAAUGAUUAUGUUGUAAACACUGAAUCGUUCAGUCAAACAAACGCUUCAGCGGAACAAAAUGCGUCCCAGAGUAGCGGAUCAAUGACACAAGAUGGAGUAACGACUAACACGACAUCUUCGCAGAGCAACAGUAGCAGUAAUAUGAGCCACUACCAGAAUAUGACAAUGUCGACAAGUGAUGGACAAGGCAGUUCUACGCAAUCUUCCUCGAGCAGUUCAAAUUCGAGUAGUAGUAGCAGUUCGAGCAGCAGUAGCAGCAGCUCCAGUUCCAGUUCAUCUUCAAACAAUAACAACCAAUCUAAUAACAAUAAUCAAGGAUCUAGCGGACAGGGUUCAAGCAAUAAUCAGGGAAGCAAUCAGAGCCAGAGCUCAAAUAACCAGGGGAAUAAUAAUCAACAGAGCUCAUCUGGCAACAAUCAGAGUCAAGGUCAAAGUGGCAACGGCAACAGUCAAGGUUCCAGUAACAAUAACAAUCAAAACCAAGGAUCGAACAAUAACAAUCAGGGUAGCAGUCAGGGAUCCAACAGCAACAACCAGUGGAAUAACAAUAAUCAAGGACAAAAUCAGCACAGUCAAAGCUCCAACAACCAAAAUCAAGGAUCGAGCAGCAACCAACAACAGUCGUCAAAUAAUCAAUCCAAUAAUAAUAAUCAAAACAAUCAAUCGAAUAACAAUAAUCAAAACAAUCAAUCGAAUAACAAUAAUCAGAACAGCCAAUCGAAUAACAACAAUCAGAAUAAUAACAAUAAUAAUCAGAAUAACCAAGGAAACCAAAACAAUCAAAACAACCAAGGACAAUCCGGUUCUCAAAACGGACAACAAGGCCAAAAUGGAAAUCAAUCAAACAAUAAUAAUAACCAGAACCAUCAAUCUAACAAUAAUAAUCAAAACAGUCAAUCGAACAGCAAUAACCAGAACAGCCAAUCGAAUAACAACAAUCAGAAUAAUAACAGCAAUAAUCAGAACAGCCAAUCGAAUAAUAACAAUCAGAAUAACAAUAAUAAUCAGAAUAACCAAGGCAACAACAACAAUCAAAAUAACCAAGGACAAACCGGCUCUCAAAAUGGACAACAAGGUCAAAAUGGCUCUUCGAACAAUCAGAAUGGUUCCGGAACACCGCAAAGUUCAAACAAUGCACAAAAGCCACCAGGUCAGUCAAACAAUAACCAACAAGGAUCGAAUGGCAGCAAUCAAACUCCUGCUACUACAAAUGCCGAAGCUUCGCAAACAACAGCAUCAGGGUCUUCUCAAGAACAAACUACGACUUCAGCACCAGCAACGGAAGGGACAACCACACCCGCAUCGACCUCCGCGUCUUCAACUGCAACGAUGGCGCAAUCGACAACCACGACUACACAGUCAUCCACAACUGGUCAGCCUACAACAACAGCCAGCCAAUCAUCGACCACAGCAGCUCCUACCACUUCCUCCUCAUCAUCAACAACCAGUGCGUCUACCACUUCAGCUCCGCAACCAGAUAACACGGAGGAGAGUACCGAUCCAAAUCUCAAUGAAGUGCAAACUACAACAACCACCGCUGCUACCACUUCUACGACUACGACUUCCACAACAACAGCCAAACCACAGAGCACCACUUCCAAGCCGUCUUCGUCAUCAUCUAAUACCGACAGUGGUAGCUCUCCAGCUUGCACCAGUGACGGUUUUAUGGGUGAUCCCAACGACUGUCAAAAAUUCUAUCGUUGCGUGUCGAACGGGCAAGAUGGAUACACUAAACAUGAGUUCAAAUGUGGUGACAACACAGUUUGGGAUGACAGUACUACGAGCUGCAAUCAUGCUUGGGCCGUCGAGAAUCCCAGUUGCCAUCAAGGAAUGGCACAACAUGCUGGAGGAAAUGGUUCACCAGGAUCAAGUGGUUCCAAUGGUAACGGUCAGAACGGCGGAAACCAAGGUGGGCAAGGCCCUAGUGGAUCAAAUAAUAACAAUCAAGGCCCCAAUGGUUCGAACGGCGGAGGAGACGGUCCAAGUGGUCCCAAUAAUAAUAAUCAAGGUCCCAAUGGUCCGAACGGCGGAGGAGAUGGUCCAAGUGGUCCCAAUAAUAAUAAUCAAGGUCCUAGCGGCCCGAACGGUUCAAACGGCUCAAAUGGUCCCAAUGGUUCGAACGGCCCGAAUGGCCCCAACGGAACCGAUGGAUCUAAAGAUCCCGAUGGUCCGAAUGGCGGAGGAGACGGUCCAAGUGGCACCGACAAUAAUAAUCAAGGUCCCAAUGGUUCAAACGGUGGAGGAGACGGUCCAAGUGGUGCCGACAAUAAUAAUCAAGGUCCCAAUGGUUCAAACGGCGGAGAUGGGCCUAGUGGUCCCAAUAAUAAUAAUCAAGGUCCUAGCGGCCCGGAUGGUUCAAACGGCUCGAAUGGUCCCGAUGGUACGAGCGGCCCGAAUGGCCCCGAUGGAUCUAAUGGUCCCGAUGGUCCUAAUGGUCCCAACGGACCGAACGGUCCUAACGGACCGAAUGGUCCAAACGGUCCAGGAGGUCCAGAUGGUCCCGAUUCAAAUGGCCCCGGUGGUCCGGGUGGCCCGGAUGGACCAGAUAGCUCUGCAGAAUCAAAUGGACCUAACAAUACCGGCUCGUCAACAACUGAAAAACCAGAUGAGUCUUCCCAAGGUUCAGGAGGCCCAGAAAGUUCUCAAAGCCCUGAUGGAUCACAGGAACCUGACCAAGGCAGUAGCAACUCAACCUCAACUAUUCCUCCAUGUCAGCAAACAACAACUACGAACGCUCCUGCAGUACCUGCUGGCAGCAAUGGAGUCUGCGAACGCGAGGGAUACAUGGAACAUGAAUCCAACUGUCGAAAGUUCUAUCGAUGCGUCGAUAAUGGAAAUGGUGGCUAUACUAGAUACGAGUUCGACUGCGGCCCUGGUACUAUUUGGGACAACGAUAUAUUGGCUUGUAACCACCCCUCAUCGGUUCAGAACUCCAAAUGCGGAACUGGCGGACAGAGUCCUUCGCAAGGCAGCGAAGGUCGCCCUGAAGGUGGAAGUCCACAGGGACCUGGUAACACUUAUCUGCCACCAGAUCAAUCCAGCUCAACAGAAUCAAUGCCGUCCAGCCAGGAAACAACAUCCGAAGCAUCAACUACAAGCAGCAAUGUAGAUAGCACCACCGAGCCUCAAGAAAAAACAACCGAGGGAACAUCAAGUUCUGGACAAGAAACAACAUCACCGAGUGGUAGCGGUGCUGAAACCACUGAAUCACCAACUUCCCAAGAAAAAGAUACAACAACGACACAAAGUGAAAAAACAACUACACCAUCAAGCCAAGAAACUACCUCGUCUUCCAACCAAGAAACAACCUCGUCUCCGAGCCAAGAAACUACUGCCGAUCGUGCCGAAGAAACGACAAAGGGAAGCUCCACAGAACCAACUGCCGAUAGUACUACCCAAGCGGGUCAUACAGCAACAUCUGGCGCGGACACAACGACUCAAUCAGCCACAGAACAAACUACCAAUGCACAAUCUUCCACAACCAUGUCUUCGGAAGGAUGCGAAUCGGAAGGCUAUAUGCCACACGAAAGUGAUUGCAAGAAAUUCAUUCGAUGUGUAGAUAAUGGCAAUGGAGGCUAUACCAAGCACGAAUUCACUUGCGCCGAUGGAACUGCGUGGGAUCAAAACCUACAAACCUGUAAUUAUGAUUACGAAGUUGAAAACUGUGGAGCUGAUCGACCUCCACAACCUGCGCCAGAACCAGAUGCUCAGAGCACACAGAGCCCCCCGGAUUCAGAAAACCAAAUGACCACUGCCGCACCCACAUCUACUACCGCCGGUCAAGAAUCUUCCGAAAGUACUACACAACCUCAUGAAUCGAGCUCUCAAGAUACUACAACCGCAGGACAAUCUCAAGAAACUACGACCGCCGAAGCGCAAACAUCUGAAGGUACUACCAAGGAAACAACUUCUGCGGGCGAAACAACAACACAAAAGCAACCAGAAACUACCGAAGCAUCAAGCACAAUGUCAUCCCAAGAAACAACGACCGCAGAGACUACAACUUCCGCGACAACAGAAGCAACAUCGUCUGCUUCAGCAGAUACUACAACUGCAGCAGUAUCAGAGACCACAACAGCAGCAAUGGCUGAAACUACGACAUCUGCUGCUCAAGAAACAACUACAACCACCGGUCAGUCCUCUACUGACAGUAUGACAACGACCGGAUCGUCUCAAGAAACCACUUCUUCCGAAGCGCAAACAACUACUACCACUGCAACAGAAGAGAAUCAUGAAACAACCUCGAAUCAACCAUCUAGCGGUGAAUGUACAUCGGAAGGCUUUAUGGGUGAUCCAAAUGACUGUAAAAAAUUCUAUCGAUGUGUCGAUAACGGCAAAGGCGGUUACACAAAGUACGAUUUUGAUUGCGGGAAUGGUACAGCCUGGGACCAGGAACUUCAAACUUGUAAUCACGAAAAUGUAGUUGAAAUGUGCGGCGGCCAAACAGAGAAACCAAGUGGUACUACCGAUGGACCAGCUAAUGAAACCACGACUUCAGGAAGUACAGAAACAACAUCGGCCGGUCAAGACACCACGACACAGACAUCAGCAGAGAUGACUACGAAAACAGAAACAACUACUGCACCGACAGACCAAGAAACUACUACACAGCCUGAACCAGACACAACUACUAAAGCUAGUCAGGAAACAACAACGCAAGCUUCACAGAUGACAACAUCUAGUGAAUCUACAACUACGCAGGGACCUGCUGAAACUACGACUCAACCUGAACCAGAGACGACAACUCAACCCGGACAGGAAACAACGGCUCAGCCAACCGAAGCAGGUAAAGAUACGACAACUCAAUCUACCACUGCAGCAGGACAAGACACUACCACACAGCCAACGGAUACAAGCCAAGAAACGACGAGUCAGUCAGCUCAAGAAACUACAACACAGGCAGCAGCCGAGACUACGAUGCAGGCUGCCGCCGAGACUACGACGCAAGCCGCCGCCGAGACAACGACUCAGACCGCCGCCGAGACUACGACUCAGGCAGCAGCUGAGACUACGACACAGGCCGCCGCCGAGACUACGACAACCGAAUCUGCAGCGACAGAGCCCGCAACGGAGGCAACAACCACAGAACAAUCCUCUGCCGAAACAACCACCACCAGCAGUUCAGAACAAUCGACUACAGCAGCCCCUGAGAAGUGCCCUGAAGGUUGUCAGAGCAACUGUCCAAAGGUCGAAGAGGGCCAGACUAGCUUUGUCUGUCCGACUGGUUUCCGCCGGCAUCCACAGGACUGCAACAUGUUCUACCAAUGUACGCAGAAACAAAACAGUUACGACUACAGCAUAGUGGUGUUCAGCUGCCCCAACGAUACCGUCUACAACGAUGAAGGAAUUCAGUGUAACGAGCCUGCCGAAGGAGACGAGCAAUGCCAGGCACCAAGCAUGCGAUACCUGCGCAGUGCCAUUGGACCCCCGGUUAAUGUGAUGCAAGUUCGUACUAUGAAACCACUGUGCCCAUCAGAGGGUCACUUUGCUCUGGACAACAACAAGUGCAGUUCAACCUUCGUACGCUGCCUACCGGGUGAAGGUCGCAGCAGUGACACUCUGAUGCCAAACAUGUAUCGUUGUCCCAAAGGAUACGUUUACUGGGAUGUGAGUCGACGAUGCGAGCGGGUGGCCAAAAUACCGGAAUGUAAAAACACACCGAUGCAGGAACGAUCCGAACUGCCAGUAGAAUGGAUCAAUAUUGGAAACCGACGCAAGAGUCUUUUCUGAGCAGAUACGAGGGUGUUUGCUCGGAUGCGUAGACCGAAACGAUUAGUCAACGACCAAGACGAGACGCGCGAUUAGUUCAGUAAGCUAGUUAGAUGUAGUUUAAGGGAUUCUUAGAUAUAGCUGGUUACUAGAGAGCUUCCACCAACAGGACUGAUUUGUACUAAUAUUUGCACGGACGAAAUUCGUCGACGUUGCAGUCACGUUUAAAUGUACGAAGAAGGUACUGACUGAAAAGAAGUAAUUCAACGAGACAUCUAUCUAGUUCUAGUCAGGAAGAUGUCAUAUUUUAGUAAAAAAAAAACAACUCUCAAAAGCCAUACGGAAAGAAAACAAAAGAAAAACAAUUCAAAAUAUCACAGAUAUGCAAGUUAGGAACAAAAAUUAGUCAUUUAAAGUCGUAGGUAUUUAUUAUCAAAUGUAAAUAUUUUCCAACCUUCCGCAAGGAGUGAAAAUAGCAUCAAAGGGUAGUUUGGCUUAUAAACCACACACAACCUAUCUCAUGGGAGGAUGACAUUCACAUCCAGUUCGCGGCACGGUCACUACCCCGGGCGUGUUUGUGCGUAUAACCACGAUACGCAGCGGUGGCUGUAAUCUUUUCCUGAAAACGAGACUCUCUUGCUCCGGAAACGUUGAGCAGUAGAGAGUUGUGAAUUGUUUUCGAGAAAAGUGUCGACAGAUGGCACCGUGGGCGAACUAUUUGUGAAUGAAAGUGAAAGCAGUGUAAUUAGAGUUAAGAAAAAAAUUGAGUGAAUAAAUGUAAUUUAUUGUAGA